GUGCAGGGAGGUAAUUAUAGUUGUUUUAUUUAUAUUGCUGGUGCAUGUGGUAGUUUCAAUUUUUAGUUAUCUUCUGGGAUCCUCUUGCGUCAUGUCUGGAACCUGCAAAUUCUUGGUCCAUAUUUUGGGACCCGCUUGUGUGGUAUUUGGGUCUGAUUUGGUAUUUGGGUCUGCCCUGCAUUCAGAAUAAGGCACCUAUUUUCUGAGGUGGAGCUUGGGGAUGGGGGGUGGAGGGUGGUGGGUGCACCCGACAGAGAGAGAGGUUGCCGUGGGGAGGCGACGUGUUUGUUGUCAUCUGUUAAAUCUGAAACACAAAGCAACAGUCAAGAAGAAGGUAGGAACAGCAGAAAGUAAAGUUUGUCCUGUGACCAGAACAGUCCCGCCCACAAGCCCCGGUUCCCUCCCUCCCUCUCUCUCUCCCUCUCUCUCUCACACUCCCCCACCCCCCCGGGCAGUUGGUUCACUCCGCAGAGUGAGGGGAGGAGGCAAGCUGUGUGUGCAGGGCGGUUAUUUAGGUCUUUUACAGCAGACAGGGAGCGAGUUUGCCCAAGGGCAGGGGGGAGAGAGGACCAGAGCCAGUCAGGAUCCGAGGAGUUUUGGGGGGGGGGUGUGCACUUGCCAUUCCACGAGAGAGAAAAUAGGGGUCUGGGAACACAGGGUGGCGAGGGGGGAAAAGUGAGGAGAGAGGGGGGGAGGUAGCACGCACAGCCAGGGUGGGAAUUGCUCGGCAGGCUGGGUGUUCUUGGACCCUCUUUUUCAUGCUUUUCUCUGUUUCCUUUUUUUUUUGCGUUUGUCGCCGAGACUCACUACAGUGCGGCAGCCAGGGGAAGAGAAGAGGAGGGAGGGGAAGGCGUAGCUUGUUGUUUUGAUUUUUUUUUUGGGGAGGGGAGGGGGGGUGCGAGAAGAGGACCAUGUUUGAUUGCGUGGAGGCUCUGGGGAUGGGCCCGCGCCAACUCUAUGAUGUCACCGGCCGGGGCGCCUGCAUGCUGCGGAAAGCGGGUCCCUUCUUCCCCGGCCUGGACCCCUUCGCCUGGACAGGCACGGCCAGCAUUCAGUCGGUGGAGACUCAGAGCACCAGCUCAGAGGAAAUGGUGCCCAGCUCACCCUCUCCGCCCCCUCCACCGCGCAUCUACAAGCCCUGCUUCGUGUGCCAGGACAAAUCCUCGGGGUACCACUAUGGUGUCAGCUCCUGUGAGGGAUGCAAGGGCUUCUUCCGGCGCAGCAUCCAGAAGAACAUGGUGUACACCUGUCACCGCGACAAGAGCUGCCAAAUCAACAAGGUGACCCGCAACCGCUGCCAGUACUGCCGGCUGCAGAAGUGCUUUGAGGUCGGCAUGUCCAAGGAAGCGGUGCGCAAUGACCGCAAUAAGAAGAAGAAGGAGGUGAAAGAGGAAACAGUUCUUCCAGAGAGCUACGAGCUGAGCAGUGAGCUGGAGGAGCUGGUCAACAAAGUGAGCAAAGCUCACCAGGAGACCUGCCCCUCUCUUUGCCAGUUGGGCAAGUACACCACUAACUCCAGUGCAGAUCACAGGGUGCAGCUUGAUCUGGGCCUGUGGGACAAGUUCAGUGAGCUCUCCACCAAGUGCAUCAUCAAGAUUGUCGAGUUUGCCAAGCGACUCCCUGGCUUCACCUCGCUCACCAUCGCCGACCAGAUCACCCUCCUCAAGUCUGCCUGUCUGGACAUUCUGAUGCUGCGGAUCUGCACUCGCUACACCCCGGAGCAGGACACCAUGACCUUCUCAGAUGGGCUGACUCUGAACCGCACACAGAUGCAUAAUGCCGGGUUUGGACCACUCACUGACCUGGUGUUCGCCUUUGCCGGCCAGCUGCUGCCCCUGGAGAUGGACGACACAGAGACCGGGCUCCUCAGUGCCAUUUGCCUCAUCUGUGGAGACCGCAUGGACCUGGAGGAGCCACAGCGUGUAGAUCGACUGCAGGAGCCACUGCUGGAGGCACUUAAGAUAUAUGCCCGCCGCCGGCGCCCCAACAAGCCGCACAUGUUUCCCCGCAUGCUGAUGAAAGUUACAGAUCUACGGGGCAUCAGCACUAAGGGAGCAGAGAGAGCCAUCACCCUGAAGAUGGAGAUCCCCGGCCCCAUGCCACCUCUCAUCCGCGAGAUGCUGGAGAACCCUGAGGUCUUCGAGGAACCUGAGCCCACGGAGAGAGCGCCACCACUCCCUGCUGUCCAACGGGAGGUUGCGGAGGAGGGUGGGGCUGCUGAGAGUGGCGGGGAGCCCGCCCCUGAGGACGACGAGGACGACGAGGACGAUGAUGGUGAGGAGGAGAGGGAGCAGGGUGCAGACAGUGACGGGGAGGCCUGGGAGGGCCUGGGAGCAUCCCAGAAAAGCCACGCAGGGCGGACGCAGUGAUUCAUGCAGCCAAUCACAACUUACAAUAAUGCUACGGACAUUCCCCUCCCCCUAAACGCAGCCCCCUCAGCACCACUCAUUCAAUGAGUACCUCUUCCUUUCCCCUCAGUGUUACUUACUCUAGCCCCUGGACUGUUAAAGGAGUGCAGAGCCCCUCCUCUACAGACACCUGGUGGGAACCAGGCCACAAAACCAGAGUGUGUGAGGGGAUGAGAAAAACACAAACAAAAAAAUUUGUAGCCCUUUACAAGGUCAGACAGCAAAAACAGAAAGGACUGCUGUUUUCAUAGAAAACACACUUCUGUCUCGUUUUUUGCUGCAUUGUUUGCAUUGAAAAAAUGUCAGGCAAUGCCAAAGUGGAGGAACGCCAGCUUUGAGCCACGGACUCCAGCUGAAGCGCGCUCUCACUCUCUCUCGAGGGCGCAAUGCUUCAGGUAGCCACAAGGGGUGCAAAAAACUCCAUUUAUGAGAAACCUUAAAAUGGUAACCAUUUGCCCUUUAUGCUUUUGACAAUUGAUUUUAUUUGACAUUUAUCUAACUUUUUUCUAUUUUUUGGUUUUCUUAUGGCAUAUGUAUGUGUCCUUAUAUAUUUCUGUAUACACACACA